AACUAGAUCGGAAGCGAGGUUAAUUUGUUUGCGUUGAACUCUAGCAUUUGUAUUUAUGCUACUUAGGGAAUAUUUUGCAUUCGAACUGCUUAAUCGACUCCUUGUUGGUUUUUGUUUUAUCCAUACACAUGUCUCGUGUCAUUUCUUUGACAUCCCAGUGGUUGACAACUUUGAAUAUUCGGAAAAUUCUUCGGAGGUGUUCGAUGAGUCUACUGGUUUUUCGUACGAACCACUCAGUCCUCUUGUUAAGUGCUCCUAUCUUCCUCGUCACUCAAUUUGGUGUGAGCCUCCUUUAGGUAGGUUCUGUCCUUAAUAUUACAUCUGUUAGAUUUAAGGGGCAAUAAAUCCGAGUAUGAUGAGCUAAAAUACGGAUGUCUGAAAUGGGGUGGAAAAACAGCAAACUCAGUCAUGCUUACUUCACUUGUAUGUCACGUUCUGGAUAAUAUCGAAUGUUAUGGGAAUCGCACUUUCCUGCUAUCUGAUUAUCCUUGUCUUCAUUUCAAAGGCCACUAUUUUGUGACAACAUUCAUGUACAGUUUGCUCUUAGGAUUUCUUGGAGUCGAUCGUUUAUGCCUUGGUCAUAUAGGAACAGGCAUUGGAAAACUACUAACCUUGGGUGGAGGUGGUAUAUGGUGGAUAGUCGAUAUUGUUCUUCUGAUUCGUGGAGAUUUAGGUCCUGCAGACGGGAGCUCUUGGAUGCCUUUUUAUUAAAUCUUUGUAAAAGUACUAAUUAAAAUUUAUCAUCCCUAACUGGCUUUUUUUCUACUCAAGGUUCUAGUUGGCGUGACGGAUUAUUACGGGACGCUUUUCAAUGUCUGCAAAUGAUUUCCGCAUACUUGACGAGGAUACCCAGUUUAUGGACAAGUACCCUAAUGGUCUAACGUUGACUGAUCUGCUACCAUUUUACGAUACUAUCGCUAGGAACGAACCUCUCAAACUAGAAUGGGUUUGUCCAGGGAAAAUUGACCCAAAUGCACAGAGGGAAAAAAACACUAUUCGAACAGAAGCGAGUGAUAUUCCUAAUCCAAAAGUUUCAGAAUCACUGUCUAGCAGUGUGAAGUUGAAAGAGUUUGAUUUCGAUGAGUAUGUAAAUCAACUUUCGAAUCCUUCUAUUCCACUUGGUACUACUGCACAGAAUACAAAUCUGCCACUUAGGCGUCUUGUAGGUACUUCCAGACAUCCACCUCGCCAACCUCGUGUAACCAGCAUGGAUAAGAUAUUAAGUGAUUUUUUCAAGUCACGAAAAGAACCUUCUCCUGCAGUUUCAUCAGAAGUCAUGACUACAUCUGUUGCUGCAGUCACUGUACAACAUAGUGUCUCGUCUACGGAAUUUUCUCAGACAACUCGUAUUUCUACGGAGAUAAGUAAAAAUAAUUCUGAAGAAGACAAACAAGAAGCUCUCGCUGCAACACUAGCCAAAACUUCAAUGUCUCCGCAAGUUGUUCAUAUCAAUCCGGAUAAUAUGUCUUCAGAUCUUGGAUCACUAAACGACAACACUAAUAAUUUGCCGCCUGCUUCAACAGAUCAUGGAGUUUUAUCCUCUUCUACAUCAGUUUUAAACAUAUCUGAUGGAACAAAAAUGGAAUUUACCACUAUAGAGGAAGUGGAUAAUUAUGUUAAUAGCACUAAUCCUUCUGAUUUCUGUAAUAAUGACGUAUCAGAUAAUCAAUUCACCUCUACCAGCGUUCAUAGUACGUUUCGCAAUGAAAAACAGCCUUGAAGUGAAGUCACUUAAUAUUUUGUCUACUCUACUAAAUCGACUAUUCUCACUCCUAUAUUAUAGUAAUCUGUUGGAUAUGAGUGUGUAUAUCUGUACAUAAAAUUUCAUUUUAUCCAGU